UUAUUCUAUUUUAAAUAUGUGAAAAAUGUAGUUUUUGUAUUUCAUCUUUAUUUUCACUGUGUGUGUGAACUGUAGACUGUAGCUUUAUUACAAUGUUAUUACUCUCUUUACGACAAUCUAAUUACUUCAACUGCAGCCCUUCAACUGCAUAUAUUUCCCAUACCUGCAAGGACACAAUGGUGCCAGUAUUGUAGACAACAUUGAACCUUGAACCAGCGAGAGGCCACCUGAGUCAGCUGAGAGUUGGAGAUGCCUCUAUUCCGUGCCAUGAUGGAGCCCAGGGCUGAGAAACAGGUAGUGAGGAAGAGGAAGAUUAGAGGACGAGGAAGAUGGGAGGAGGAUGAUGGUCACCCUCCCCGACUGACCCAGCUUUGUCUGCGGAACUUGGCAGAGAACAUGAAGGAAGUGUGGGUCAAAGACUACACUGACAACUACAUGGAUCAGUACUCCUUCAGAUAUGUAAUGGGCCCCUUCAACCUGCUGCCGUCUGAGCUGGUAGAGGAGCUCCUGUCUGUCCUGUCCUCCAGGCGUGAGUUGUCCCGUGCAGCGCUGCACCUCCUGUUGAUCCCUCAGCUCAGAACCCUAUCUCUUGGGGGCUACUCUGCCCUGGUCACCCCCAGCCUCUGCACCCUCAUCGGGACUCGCUGCCAGAGCCUGCACUCCAUGGACCUCUCUGGAGCCCAGCAGGUGUCUGCCCAUGUCCAGUGUGACCUGCUGGGUUGUCUGCCUUCCCUGCGCUCCCUCUCUCUAGCUGGCACCCCUUGUGACAGACAGGUUGUGGCGGUGGUCGCCCGCCACUGCCCCGCACUGCGCCACCUCGACGUGUCCCGCUGCCGCUUCCUGCCCCCCGAGGGCCUUCUCUGCCUGGGGGGUUCCUCCUACGCCCCUCCACCCCCCCUCGGCAGCCUGUUGGCUCUGGAUGGGGGCUUUGGGGAGGGGGGGGACGGGGUGGCUGCCGUGGCCUUCCUCCUGCUCUCCCUGCCCUGGCUGGAGAGAGUGGCAAUGGAGGGCCUGGGGGAGGCCUGUGGCCUCAUACACAGCAGGGAGUUCGGAGGGACUGAGGAGCUCACGACCAGAGAGGGGCUGCCCAGUCUCUGGGAGGUGUGGAGGGAGAGGAGGCAGAGUGGGAGGGCCACAGACACAGGCCAGAUAUCAGGAGCAGAUGUGGAGGAAAUUGAAGAGGAGGAAAACGACAACCGUUUCUCAUGGGCGAGUGAGAGUGAGAGUGAGGAUGAGGGUACAGGUGAGGAGACAAUGGGAGAUGGAGGUGGAAGAAGUGAUGCCCAGAUGAGGACAAGGAAGGAAAUAGAAGAAGACAGUGUUGAGAAAGGAAGAGAAGAGGGAGUGGGGGGGGCAGGGGGUGAGGGCUUUACCUUACGUCUAAGGGAGGCGCAGGGCAUGUCUGGUGGGACUCUGGAGGCUGUAAGUCAGCUUUGCCCCGAGCUGCGCUCUAUAUCACUGGACUGUGAGGAGGACGGGCCUAGCCAGGGGUCUUGUCUGGCUGCAGGCCUAGCCAGGUGGGCGGGCCAGCUGAGGGUACUCUCUGUGCGCUUCCCGGGGCCCCUGGAUGAGCUGCUGCCUGCCCUGCGUGCUAUGAAGGGCUUCCUGGUUUCUCUCACCCUGGAGGGGGUCAGAACCAGCUCUCACACACCCGUGCUGGAGCUCCUCCAUGCCUGUCCCAGGCUGAGGAGCCUCGUCGUCCACGCUGAGCCUCCUUUAGCCCCCCAGGAGGAAGAAGAGGAUGAGGAAGAGGACAGGGAUCUACCCUGCCUACCCCAAUUGUGCUCUCUCUCCCUAAACUUCUCCUUUGACCAGCGCCAGAUGAAGACCGUCAUGUCCUGGAGGUCUCUGAGGGGGGCGCUAUGGUGCCUACUGUCCGGCUCUCCCCUCCUGGAGAGGGUCUCUCUGGUGGCAGUGCCCUGUCCGCUGGAGCCUGUGUUCCAGAAGCUUCUGAAGCGCCCCGCCGCCCGACCCCACAGUCCUCCACUACAACAACUAUGCCACCUCAGCCUUGUCCGCAGUGACAUUUCCAUCGAGACGGCGUUGGGCCUGAUGACCGCCAACAGGCGUCUGAGCAGCCUGGACCUGAGCGGCUGCUGGGCAGUGAGCCUGGACAACAUGAGGCAGUUACAGAGGACAGCCACCAGGAGGCAACAUAUCACUAUCACCUGGACAUGAUGUGCUUUACAUCUGACAACAGGCUACCAGGCCGGGGCACCCGCAUUCACACAUACUGGAUGUUUGGGGCAAAUCCAACACAGAGUCCCACUCUUGAUAUUUUCAAACAUGGUGGUGGCUGCAUCAUGUUAUUUG